GAUUAAUAAAUUAAUAAAUGUUACACGGAUCUAACGAUACAGAGCUACAAAUGCAGAAAAUUUUUAGAUAAACGAUUAAGAGAUUGACAAUCCAAAUAUAAUGAAAUAGUUCAUAAUACACGAAUAGUCAUAAAUUAAAUUAAACUUAAUAAACUCGAAGCUACUAACUCGAUCAAACUCAGUGUCCUUUAAUUUUCCAAUUUACAACUUAUCUUCCCUCCUCGUCACGUAAUUACGUAUAUCAAUCGAUACUAAAGGAAUUCAUUAGACACGACGGCAGUAAAUUAUUCAGCGUUACUGACAAUAUUUUGAUCGACCGAUAAACCAGGUGGUAACCAGGGACGUUCCUCGCGUUCACCCAUUCCAUCCUCUGGUGGCCGCUGAAUAUUUCAUCCGAAAGAUCUGUAUUUUUCUUCGGGUGAUUGUCAUUCGACGAGGAGCAGAAGCGACGGGGUAUGCCGGCAGGCUGAAGCAAAAUCAAUUAUUCAUCCGAAUUGGUCGGGAAAAAGUCCUAAUUAUCCGGGGCAAAUACAAGCUUAAUACGCGGAGAGAAGUGUACCAGCCUUCUUCGUCCUCACUCCUCCCCCUUCCCCUGUCCCUCUCUUUUUCGUUCACCGAGCCCUCCAUCGGUUAGUACUUGGGCUCUCACAGUCGGUCUUCAGGCUUCCUUCUUACCGUGAAUAACCAUUUGUAUUUCCAAUUAGCUUUGCUAAUAAGAAGACGGAGGCAUUGCCGUAGUUAAAAAAAUGUAUAACCUCAUCCAGCCACUGGGGAAAUAAAGAAAAGCGCCGCUCGGGUAUGACAAUACCGGCGGGUCGAGCGGGGUUAUACCGGCUGAACUACAAUUAAAAAUCCUCGCUUCACCCUCGCUUAACCCUGCUUCCUCCUUAUGCCGUAUUAACGACCAGGACGUGCAGGGAGGGGACACGAAACAUCCUACCAAACAUCCAGCCUUUUUUUCCCAAUUUUAUGCUUGACCCCAUCUCCGCCCCGUCCUUGUCCAGCCUCCAUCCUCUCACUGUCCGACUGUCUGCCUGUCUGUCGGUUAGUUCGUAUUCUAUCUUUAUUUCAACAACUCUUCGGUUUUGCCACGAUGCGACGAUAGCUUCGUUCGAUUCACAGUGAACAAGUUUGUUCUUUUACGAAAGUGAACAGUGGUUCUGUGGUGGAUGGCUGCGAGAUGAUGUUAAUGUCGCGUUUGUAAUACGUACACCGAUGGCUACUUGUGAAGCUCGAAUUAGAAUCUUACAGGAGAAGUUUGAAAGUAUUCAGUGGCUAUAAAAGGCAUUGGCACAACAUUGUAUUUAUUAUGGUAUUUACAUAUUAAAUAGUUAGGUCCAAGUAUGUUAAAAUUCGUAUCAUUUAGUAAUUAGUCUCAUACGAGCAGAGAGAUUUGAUACCGCGAAACUGAAACAUAGAACCUGAUUAAAAAACGGUUAAUGAAAAGACGAGGGCGUGUGUCGAUACCGUUUGUAUUCAUUGUAUAUUUAAAUACAAUACGGUUUGUUCUUCGUCCUUGACAAAGCUGAAACCUUAGGAUCUGUCGGAAAUGAAAUUGUUUCCUUCCUUCUUGUUACUUAUUCGAAAUGGAGACAGUGAAAAUUGUUCAUUUUGAAAUUAUAAAAAAGAUUGAAAUUAAAUGGACCUUAUAUGAAAAAAUUUUAACGAAAUUAUUAUUACAAUUAUUAUGAAAAAAAAUUUAUUAAAAUAAAAUAUUUAAAUGAAGUACAGUUACAAAGAUAUAAAUUAAAAUUCGUAUAGUAUUGCAAAUCCAUCUUUUUCAAGAGUAAAAGUACAAUUACGAAAUUCAAUAAAGAUAUGAAAAAUCAUCGAGUAAUCAAGGUUUUCGAACCAGAAAGACAGAAAGGCAAUAUACGGUCGGAAAGAUCCUAUCCGAGAUUUUAGCGUUAACGAGUGAUAACGUUAUCGAAUAAAAACGCGAGCGAAUGUUAAUAGAAAAAGUAUUGCUAUAGCAAUCAUUAGGGAUCGAUCAGGAGGUCGAAUUUCAUUGAAGACAGUCCCGUGUUUGCAAACUUGGAUUUUCGUGCGGCGACUCCGCCAGGCGCCCUUUGUUGUGCCAACCAUCAAAGUCAGCACGAGGUCAACUAAACACAGUUUCUUCUCCGUCACUGUCGUCAACGCGAUGUGAAAUGUGUGUCGUGUGCUGGCAUUCUCGAUCACGUACUCGUCGAAUUCGAUCCGUAGUGAAUGAAUCAAAAUAUCGGAACUGCGCGUGGUGAACGAAAAUUCUGGUAUUUCGCAGGACGCUGAUGCCUUACUUGGUUUACUUCGCAAUAGACGACAAUGAGAGUGAAAACCGUGCCGAGACAGCGAGUAAUUCAGGACAACAGAAACAUCGAAUCACAGUCGGAAUCUUCUAGUGUAAAGUCUGAAAGCACGGGACGAUCUUCAAACGACGACAAGAAAGAUAUGUCGGAAGCUGGCAAAGAUGAGUUACAAGGAUCGAACGAAGAUGCGAUUGAUUUGAAUCAGAAUAAAAUCAAAUCAGAAGAUCGAUCGAAAUCAGUAGCGAAGAAGGACAAGGAGACCUUGAAAUAUUCGGAGGAAGUAUUAGAUAUGUCGAUUAAACUGAAGGGCGAAACCUCUGCGGAAGGAGAUUCAGUUCUUCUUAGUUUGAUAGCUGGUCCAAGCUGCAAGUAUUCCAAUUCGCAGUCAACCGAGGAUGUAAAGGAAUCUGUUAGUAACGACGACAAUGACAAUAUACUACUUCCAAAGACAGAUCUGGAAAACUCCUCGGCGGCUGGUUCCUCGAGGAUAGAAGAUUCAGUUCCAUGCGAAAACGAAUUAACCACACAAACCACCAACGAUUCGGAUAAACCAUCAGAAGCUCUUAAUUUGUGUAAACGAGAUUGUCAGGACGAAGAUGAUUCGAAUCACGGCGUAGGUUCCGAUGAGAAAUUAAAGGACACUUUCCUUUACAAGAUCAUGACAGAUCCAACGUUCUUAGAAAACAUACAGAAGCACAAGCAAACGAAACGAUACACGUGUCCGUACUGUAAACAAGAAUUUAAUAACAGCGAUGAACAGGCCGACCACAUGGAUGCGAAGAAAGACGAAUCGAAUCAGGUGGUUUGCUGCGCGUGCAAAAAGACUUUCGCGCAGAAACGAUACCUAAGGUAUCAUCAGAGGUGUCACUCGGAGCGGACCAUGUUCACCUGUGAUAUUUGCACGAAGAAGUACACCAGAAUAGACAAUUUGUCGAGACACAACGCGUUUCAUGUGAAUCCAGACAAAUUCUCAUGCAACUACUGCGAGAAAACGUUCGCGAGGAAAGAUCUGUUGAACAAGCAUUUGAAGUGUCACGACAACAAGUAUCGCUUCUUCUGCGAGAUAUGUCAGAGAUAUUUCAAAGGGCCGCUCUCGUUGGAAAACCACAAAAAGAAUUUUCACUCUAAGGCUGCAUAAGUACGUGGUUUUUAAGCAUAUUUAUAACUGUAUUAUAGCUGUAAGCUGUAGCAUAUAAGUGAGAGACUAAAAUCUUAACUAGUCGCUAAUUAAAAUGACUCAAUAUAAAACUUGUAUAUCAUAGUCGAUCAAAUUAGAUGCAGAGUGAAUAAAUCUUGGGUAAGGAACAUUGUAUA